AUGCAGCGAAUUUCCAAGCACCUAAGCCUGGCUUGUGAGGGCGGUGCUGUCUAUCGCCUGCUGUUGCAAGGCGUGUCACAGCAGGAGUUAGAGAUUCAACAGGAUCUGUUGACAGCAGCCUAUGGUGCUGAAGUUCGACUCUCUCGACUCCACCCAGCUGCCCCAUCUCGGCUCCUGCAAACUGUGCAGCGUCACCAAGCAAAGCUGGGAGCGGUGAAUGCAUCUACCGCACUGCAUUUGUUAGCCCAAGCCGUUCCCAGCGCAUCCCCGGCAUCCCCCGUGUCCGCCAGCGUUGCUGGGGCGCUGCUGUCUGCAGCGUCACAACCUACGGCUGAGCCCAGGGACCUCGCAGUGGCCAGUUGGGCAUCUGCCAAGCUGCAGCUGAGCAACUGCGAUGCGCUACAAGCACUACAAGAUGCCAUCCAAGCUGCAGCUGAACGUCUGGAUGGUCAGGACGUGGCCAAUGUAUGCUGGGCCUUUGCCAGCAUGGAUUCCUCAGUCGCCUCCCAACCCCAUUUUUUUGCAACACUGGCAGAUGCCGCGGUGCCCAAAAUUCGUGACCACUUUAGCGCUAGACAUGUGGCGAUCACGUGCUGGGCACUGGCCAAGGUCAGGCUGCCGCACGAUGACUUCAUUUUAGCGGCAGCAGGGGCGAUGCAAGGGUCCAAGGCGGAUGGCUGGAUGCCCCAAGAUCUCUCCAACUUCCUCUGGUCCAGCGCGGCGCUGCGGUGCGACCUGCCGCUACCUCUGGAGCUCAUCGCCCAGCGUGCGGCGCAGCUCACGUGGCAACAGUUUAAGCCGCAGGAGCUCUCCAUCUGCAUGUGGGCUGCCUACACCCUGGGCGUGGUGGACGGCCGUGGGGCUUCCAUUCGAGCCGUCAAGCGGAUGUUGCAACAUGCUGCGCGAGAGAUCCGCGUGAGGGGAGCGGAGGAUUUUGAAGCCCGACACCUGUUGAACUCGGCUUGGGCUUUGGCACGCUGGCAGCGGCAUUGCCGACUGGUGGGGUGGCAACAGGAGUGCAAGGACUAUGUUUGCAGACCCGCCCUGCGGAUUCUGGCCGAAGCUGCCAAGAACGGCGGCUUCCAACGGUUCCGCCCGCACGAACUCUCACGCUUGAUCUGGGCAGUCGCCAGUCAAUCCUGCCUGAAAUUGCGACCAAUGGGUCCUCCCUUGCUGGACUAUGUGAGGUCUCCCGAGAAGUUGGUGGCUUUUGAUCCUGACGCUUUGGUGAGUUUGGUCACCUCAUUAGCGUGGAUCUUGGAACGCUUGGUGUGGGAACUUCCAGGAAGACGAACGCAUUCGCGGAUCGUUCCAGAGAGCCCCAGGGAAGUUCCAGCCAUGGACCCUGCAGCUUUCGUGGGCAGCAGUGGCUCGGCGCUGUGGGAUUUUUGA